CCCCCCCCCACCUCACUGCUUACAAAUAUCACACAUCCCACUAUCGUGAGGGGAUUCUCGAUAGCGGAUAGCCUCCGCACGCGAUCGGCGAUCCAUUUGAUGUUAUUCGGCUUUAUAAAUUAAAGCAAGCUCAAGGAUUGAGCGAGACUACUAAGGCUGCCUCUUCUGCUGGAUUUCUUAUCCCGAAAGAAAGAAAGAAAGAGAGAAAGAGAGAGAAAAAUACCCCAAACAUCAUGACCAAGAUCUUCAUCACCGGUGUCUCCGGGUACGUCGGCGGCGACGCGCUGUACGCCCUAACGAACAAAUUUCCCAGCUUCGAGUUCGUCGUGCUUAUCCGCAGCCCGGCAAACGCUGAAGAGGUGCGCAAGCAGUACCCGGCCGUGAAGGUUGUGCUCGGCAGCCUCGAAGACACGGAUGUGGUUGAGCGGGAGAGCGCUGCUGCGGAUAUUGUCGUCCACUGCGGCGAUGCCUCCGACAACGUCCCCGGUGCGCACGCGAUUGCCGCCGGCCUGGCCCGUACCCACACGAAGGAGAACCCUGGCUACUGGCUACACACGGGCGGGACAGGCGUCCUCAUUUUCGCGGACUUGGACAAGGGCGUGUUUGGUGAAGCGGGCGACAAGAUCUAUGAUGACUGGGACGGGGUUGAGGAGCUAGUGAACCUGCCGGCGCAUGCCUUCCACCGCAACGUUGAUGAGAUCGUCCUCGCCACGCAGGAAAAGACUGGAGGGGCGGUCCGGACGGCGCUGGUGUGCCCGCCGACCAUCUACGGACGCGGCCGUGGCCCUCUCUCGCAACGGGGACGACAAGUAUACUCGUUGGCGCAGAUGACGCUGCUUCUCAACAAGGCCCCCAUCAUCGGGGCAGGCAAAGCAAUCUGGAACAACAUCCACCUGUACGACCUGAGCGACCUGUGGAUUCUCCUCGUGGAGGCGGCGCUGGCCGGCCGCUCGGACGAAGGUCUGUGGGGUAGCAAGGCUUACUAUCUCACCGAGAACGGCGAGCAUGCCUGGGGCACGCUGGCGCACCAGCUGGCGCAAGCCGCCGUCAAGCUGGGCUACCUCGACCAACCGACGGCCGAGGAGAUCUCCAUCGAGGAGGCCAAAAGCUUUGCCGGGAACGAGGCACUCACCUGGGGGCUCAACUCGCGCGGGCGGGCGCUGCGCGCUCGCAAGCUGCUUGGGUGGACGCCGUCGCGGCACUCGCUGGUGGAGGAGCUGCCUACUGUCUUGCAGAGCGAGCAGGCACGAGCUCAUAAAUAGCAUGAGAAUAAGCAUAGAUCAACAGAUAGGUAUAGACAGACAUGUUAUCUGUGGAGCCAAGGCCAUUAGUUACUAUCUACUGCGUCUGUCUGUAAGAUAGCCUAGAUUACUGCACCAUCAGCAAUGGUCGAUCUGCAGUGUGACCAGAGUACUUUAUUGCAUAAAGUGUAAUUAUAAAUAGAAUAAUUCACCCGG